ACAAUUACAAACACAACUGAUUACACUGAUUACUGUGUAGACUGAGCUGAUUAUUUCACUUGCCAUCAACCUACCCUGUUAUCUUGUGCUUCAAAAUCUAUGGAAGGAAGAGUUUGAACCAUGCUUGCGGUCAUUUUCCAAAGUUUCGGAUUAGGAAGCCAAAACGUCUUCGAAAAAUGAGUCAUCUUUUUUCUCUAAGUACUGUUCGUUUGCUAUGAUUUGUUUCUGAUUCUGGAGCACUCUUCGCCUCGCACAAAGAAACAAGUCUCUGUUCAUACUCCGGCUCCUCUCCUUCAUCGGUAAUCUGCCUCCCCGAAACGAUGUCAGAAAAUAGCACCCCUCAACCUCUCACCCCUUUUUUGAAGGAAACAAGUUCUCUCUAUCAAGACAUCCCAGCUGGGUGGCCCAGCACACAAGAGGAAGAUACUAUGGAUAGGAUGUUGAAAGAAAAUGGUCUUCCAAUGACCCCUGUUCUGCAAGACGAUAGUUUUUCAUCUCCGAAAUCCCUCGAGGACGGUUCUUAUUUAAAUGAGAUUUUUGAGCGAAAAUCACCAUUGGGAUUGAGCAAUAAGCGUCAAUUUCGACGACCAGCUCAAAGCAAAGGUAAUGCAAGAAGCUCCCGAACCAGUGCCGCAUUUCAAACAAUUGAAGGUAUUUCAGAUUCUGAUUUAAGUACUAACAGUACAGUGUCUAAUCCAAGGCCCAAAAGUUUUUUUGUUAAGACUAGAAGUAAAUCAGUUGCCAUCAAUGCAACUCUUGGGGAUGAAGGAAUGUCUGAGUCAGCUUCAGAUUCAAGUGUCAGUAGUGCUGCCUGUCCCAGUAAUGAAACAGAAACUUUUGGGUCGCGCCAUUCAUCAAAGACUCGAUCCAAAAGUUUCCAUCCAAAAACUGGAGGCCAAGCAUUCCCUAUCAAUGCAACAUUAGGUGAUGAAGAAUUGUCGGAUUCAAGUUUAACUCAGUCUAGCGCCGUCAAAACUGAAACACAGCCUAAAGUAUCCUUCCACCCAAAGAAAAAAACUAACACAAAGCAGUAUGAGUGUUCAAUAGGAGAGGAAAGUAUGUCGGAUGUAACCAUAACUCCGUUAAGCACAGACAAAAUUAAAGCACAGCCUAAACCAUCCUUUCACCCAAUGAAAAAAACUAACACACAACAGUACGAGUGUUCAUUAGGAGAGGAAAGUAUGUCAGAUGUAACCAUAACGCCGUCAAGCUCAGACAGAAGUAAAAAACGGCCUGAAUCAUCCUUUCACCCAAUGAAAAAAACUAACACACAGCAGUACGAGUGCUCAUUGGGAGAAGAGGAUGUAUCAUUAGGUGAGGGAGAAACUGUGUUAACCACUGUUUCACCCACUGCGGAAGAAAAGAGAGAAAAAAGGGUCUCUCCUCGGCGUAAUCUCAAGAGAAAAUCUACUUCCCCUGUUCAAGAGCCAUCUAUUGAAAACUCUUUCUCUUCCUAUCCCCCUCAGAGCCUGCCUCAAGAGUCAGGUACACCAAAUAGUUCGAAAAAGAAGCGCACGGAAAAAAUGGAAAAGCAAAGUAGUGUUCAGCAAAACAUCAGUAAUAUGCAUGCAAGUGAAGCUUUAUCCCCAAAAACUGUUGACAAUAGUAAGACACAUUCUAAAUCCUCUGCUCAUCCGAAGAGAAGAAGUAAUUCACAGCAGCAUGAUUGUUCAUUGGGAGAAGAGGGCAUGUCAGACGUAUCCUUUGCUCAGUUAAGCUUGGACUGUAGUACAAGACAUGCUGUUUCAUCCUUUCAUCCCAAGAAGAAAACAAAAGCUUUGCAGGUUGAAUGCACCCUAGGGGACGAAACAAACGAUGAAACUAAUGGAUCAAUUAAUGAGUUGAGCAACUCUGAAAGAUCAACCAAAAGUUCCCAGAAAAAUGUCAGUAUCAAUUCACCAAGAUUUUCCUCAAGGAAAUCCCCUGUCAUAACUGUUGCAAGUGAUAAGUCUCCUAAAAACAGAAACAGUUUUUGUGAUGAAUCAUCAGCUGUUACGAUGAGAGAAAGUGCAAUCUGUUCAAAUACCGACUGCACCUUCAUCAAGAACAACUCAAAUUUCGGGGAGCAAAUUAAAAACUCGGAAAAUUUAUCAAAACAAAGUUCUCAGAUGGAUGUCAAGAUCAAUUCACCAAGAUUUUCCUCAAGGAAAUCCCCUGUUGUAACUGUCGUUAAUGAUCAGAUCCCUCAAAAAGAAAAUAGCUUUCGUGAUGAAUUAUCAGCUGAUUUAGUGACAGAAGUUGCAGUAAAUACAAGCGCUAAGUCAAGCUUCUCUCAGUCAAGCUUUGACUGUAGUACAAGACAUGCUGUAUCAUCCUUUCAUCCCAAGAAGAAAACUAAAGCUUUGCAGGUUGAAUGCACUCUAGGGGACGAAACAAACGAUGAAACUGAUGGAUCAAUUAAUGAGUUGAGCAUCUCUGAAAGAUCAACCAGAAGUUCUCAGAAAAAUGUUAGUGUCAAUUCAUCAAGAUCUUCCUCAAGGAAAGCCCCUGUCAUAACUGUCGCAGGUGAUAAGUCUCCUAAAGACAGAAACAGUUUUUGUGAUGAAUCAUCAGCCGUUACGAUGAGAGACAGUGCAAUCCGUUCAAAUACCGACCGCACCUUCAUCAAAAACAACUCUAAUUUUGAGGAGCAAAUUCAAAAUUCAAAAAAUUUAUCGAAACAAAGUUCUCAGAAGGAUGUCAAUUCACCAAGGUCGUCCCCAAGGAAUUCCUCAGUUAUAACUGUCGUUAAUGAUCAGAUCCCUGAAAACGAUAAUAGCAUUCAUGAUGUAAUUUCAGCGGAUUCAGUAGCAGAAGUUGCAGUUAAUACAAGCACCAACCGCACAUUUACUAAGGCUGAUAAUUCAAUUUGCAGAAAUCAACCUGUCAAAAAUCAUAGGACGAGUUUAGAGUAUGAGACUAGUUUAGACUAUACAGCAGCCACACCAUACAAGGGAGAAGAAAGUGAGGAUGAAUGCUCUAUUUUUGAUAACAGUAUUACAUAUGUCGCCAGUGGGUUGAAGGCUGCAGCAUCUUUUAAUACAAGUUUAAUAAAUGGAAGCCUGAGCUCUUAUUCUGUUUCCAAACUUAACAGACAAACUUGUCCAAAUGAAUCAUUUGUAGAAGAGAAAAGAACCAGUCACUUGAACUCGUCUGGGAAAACCAAGAAAAGAGUUUCCAACUGCACCUCACAUCGAACUGACUGUGGCACUGAGGCUGAAGAUUAUUCAACAUUAGCAGAUUUUUCUAUGUUUGCAUCUAAUGACAUGGAAGAUGCCUCGUAUGAGUCUCACUCUGAUGUAAGUAGGCGAGAUAUGCAAUCUGUCCUAGAAGAACCCAUGAGACUUCAUAUCACAGAAGAUGCUCUUGCAUGCAGUUCAAAUUCUUUAGCUCCUGAAAUCAGCAUUAAGAAAGCUUCUCUCUCAGACAGAUCUAUCAUCUUAAGUGGAAACGUCACUGACAAUUCUAAAAAGCUCAGAAGAAGCCUGCGAAGUAGCAAAAAUUUAUCUCGGACUGAGCAGGGGCCAUCUGUAGCAAAUGAAUCUGGAUUGUCUGAAGAAGCCUCAAUGAAAAAAUCUGAAUCCAGGAAUGUGAGCUCAAGUGCUGGUUUUUUGACCGGUGAUGGUGAUAUUGAAGACAGUGCUGGAACUGUUUAUGACUCAACUCAAUGGAGCAACAAUGGCAGUAAGUGUUCCAAUCCUGCACCUUCUCUCAAUGAAACCAAUGAUGGUCAUACUUCUCUUCACAAUGAAUUAAAUGGAAGUGCUUACUCUGAUGUCAGUCAUAAUACUGAAAAGCGCAGAAGGAGUCAACGAAGUAGCAAAAAUGUAUCUCAGACUGAUAGUAAGCCAGCCAUCACAAAUGAAGCGAAGUUGUCUAAAGAAGCCUCAAUUAAAACAUCUGAAUCCAGGAAUGAGGGUUCUGUUGCUGGAUUUACAGCCGGUAAUGAAGAUAUCAAAGACGGUGCUGAGUCUGUCGAUGACUCUGCUCAAUGGAGCAAUGAUGAUAGUAGAUAUUUCGAUCAUCCAAAACCUGCUCUUCCUUUCAAUGAAUGCAAUGAUGAGCAUGUUUCCUUACAUGAUGGAUCAUAUGAAAGUGGUAACUCUGCAAAUUUCAGCUCACUUAAUGCUACUCCUGGCCCACAGCAUGGACCAUCUCGAAUCUCAAUCGGUACUAAUAUGAAUGAAUUUUUCGCGAAACCAUUGCAUCCUGUGAACAAGCGGUUGGAAAGAUUUUCAUCCACCAGCUUGACAAAGUCAAAUGACUCCAUAUCUUUGCUUUCAAAGUGUAUGCAGAAACAAAAGAAAACAUCGCCAAAGAACAAUAAAGCUUCUUGUGGCAGGACCUUGAGGGAUCGGGAUGAUGGUUUCCCUAAAUAUGCUGCACCUAAACUUGCCAGACCCGCGUACUGGGUUACCAAUCGACUCUACUCAUUCUUAGAGGAGAAGCUUUACCCAGAGCAUGGUAUCUAUUCCAAAAGAGUAGCUGAAAAAUUCAUUCAGUUUUUGCAAGAAAAGUGCAAAAAACUCAUGAAAACGUCGGAUACAGAAUUGGAGGACGAAAUAAUCUCAGAGAUUCAAGAUAUAAUGGUGAAAUUACGUAUCACCAACUCUGACUUCAUGUUCCACUAUUUCUGUCAAGAGUUUUUACCAGAUGAAAUCAGUAAUAAAAUAGUGCCCAGCCUGCUCCCGUACUCAGAAAGCUGUAGCAGACCUAACUAUGAUUUUGCAAACUUGUUCACUAAGUUUUUUUAGAACCAAAUAGUUAACCGUGCUCAUUUUUCAGUACAUACAUGAUGGUAUUUUUGCAUUUUCAAUUUUUCUCUGUGGAAAUAAUUAACUUUGAUUUGAAUUUUCAUUUUCUACUUUCUAUCUUAUUACAGCUCUGUCUAAGUGUCAAUUCAGUCAAUAAGUGAUGAUAUGUAUGUUGUUAAUCGAAGACUGUACCAUGUUACUACUGAAAUAUGGGUAUUCUCCUUGCGCUUAAAUUUUCUUGUUACUUCACUGUGAAAUUUCUAUUUUUUUUUUUUUUUUUUUUUUUUUUUUUUUCAAUUUUUAAGCUUCAUGCCAAGUCCCUCAUUUGGUAUUUUAUUUGAUCAAAGAUUUUUCUUGCUUCAUGUCAACAUUGCUUUGUAUGUUUAAAUUUUGUUUUUCAAUCAGAGAUUAUCAGGUAUUUCUACUCUUAUAUGGUCUUAUCGCGUUCAAGAAGAACAAUUCCAAUUUUUGUACAUUUUUAGGCCUCAGUUUAAGUUUCAUUCUCCAUAUUUGAUUUAAUAAUUAAUUUCUCUUAAUUCUUGUCAACAAUGCUGUCUAUGUUUAAAUUUAAUUUUUUUAAUUGGAAAUUAUAAGAUGUUUCUAACUUUCA